GUCUGCGCCCGCGACAGUUGCUGGAGUACUUUCCCGCGAACCGCACGCGCACCGCACCUCGCUCGUACGCUCACAAUUACGUGAUCCCAUUUAAAGCCAUUCCUAUUCCAAGUGUGAAGACUACAUUAAUUGAGCAAUCCUUCGUUUUAUUCGACGAGGUUUAUAUUUGUGCAAUCUUUAAAGUGUGCAUAGCGGAAGCAGGGGGUGAACAGUAAAGAUCAGCUGAUUGUAUACUUAGGCCAAUGAGAUGAUAAGGCUGCACCUAACGGGGCGACACCUUCGUGUGAUGCUGUGGUGUAUCCUGCUGGGACUGCAGCCGGCGUUCGGCGGCAUACUAGACCCGUUCAACUGGGCCAGAUCAGACAGAAUUGAAGUUAACAUCCCUUGGUUGCCAUUCGAAAACGAAACGCGAUGCUACGACGAGAUUGGUUGCCUGAACAUCACAAGGAGUUGGUACCACCUCAUCCACAGGCCCUUCAAUGUGUUCCCGCUGCCUAGAGUCGUUAUAAACACAAGGUUUAUUUUAUACACAAAGAAAAAUCCCACCGACGGUCAGAUACUGAACGUGAACGUGAACAAAACUAUAGUGAAAUCCAACUUCAGCCCGCGACGGCUCACCAAGAUGAUCAUACACGGCUUCAUCGACACGCCUCUGUCCAACUGGGUCAGUGAGAUGAAAGACGAACUGGUGAAGGCGGGCGACUUCAACGUGGUGGUGGUGGACUGGGCGGGCGGCAGUCUACCGCUGUACACGCAAGCUACCGCCAACACCAGGCUGGUCGGCUUGGAGGUGGCGCACUUCGUCAACACACUACAGAAAGACCACGGUUUGAAUCCUCUUGACGUUCACAUCAUAGGCCAUUCGCUGGGUGCCCACACGGCGGGUUACGCCGGGGAAAGGAUACAAGGAUUAGGAAGGAUAACAGGCCUGGACCCGGCCGAACCAUAUUUCCAAGGAAUGCCGACCAAUGUGCGCCUCGACCCGACGGACGCUGAAUUCGUAGACGUCAUUCACACAGACGGAAAAAGCAUUUUCCUUUUAGACUUUGUGUUUAUGGCAGGAUAUGGGAUGUCGCAACCCGUGGGCCACUUGGACUUUUACCCCAACAAUGGGAAGGAACAGCCGGGUUGCGACCUUACCGAGGGCCCGCUGGUGCCCCUUACGCUGGUCAAACAGGGCCUGGAGGAGGCCUCGAGGGUGCUAGUGGCUUGUAAUCAUGUUCGAGCUAUUAAACUUUUCACGGAAUCUAUCAACGGGAAGUGUUCCUAUAUAGGACAUCAGUGUCCAUCGUACCAGCAUUUUCUGGAUGGAAAAUGUUUUCAUUGCGGCCACGGAUGUGCGAUCAUGGGUUUCCACGCCGACAGUUCUCCAGGCUUGAUAACGAACAAGAACAACCAGUCAGAGAACGAAGUGUACCCGUCUGAAGAACAAGAGACUAUCGGAGCUAGGUACUAUCUCAACACUGGUAAAGAACAACCAUUUUGCCAACGCCACUACAGGAUCGCUAUACAACUAGCUAACCCGAAAGGAGCAGAGUCAUGGGUUCAGGGCUUCUUAAAAGUGACGUUACUAUCUGACCGAGGAGUAAUUCGAGGGAUGGAUUUAACCCCAAGUAAUUACGUCAAAUUAGAACAUGGAACAUCGUUCACAGUGGUUGUCACACACCCAAUGGAUUUGGGUGGCAAAGUUAGGAAGGUGGAACUAUCAUGGGAAUACGAUAUGAAUGUGCUGGAGCCGCGGUCUCUGUGCAUUUUGUGGUGCAACGACCGCCUGUACGUCAAGUCGGUGCUGGUCGACCAGAUGGAGCUGCCUAGCAGAGGAAAACGCAACGUAGACUUCAGCAGCAAGCUCUGCACGCCAAAGCGCGAGUUCGCCGAGAUCCCCAACCGAGGCUCGGCCAGUUUCUACGACACCUGCGGCAGGUAGCGGCGCCGUGUCCGCGCGUCGGCUUUAGUUUCCACCAGCACACUAAGUGCCACCUGCUACUUCUCUAACAUUGGCACUGUGUGU